ACCAUCUGUAUCUUAUAUUUACGAUGAAUUAUUAAGAUGGUAUAAUAUAGUAGAAUAUAAAAAUGAAUCGACAAUAUUAAAAGCAUUUCAAUCAGCAGAUAGAAUUAUUCCAACAUUAUCAACCCAAUUACCCAUUUGCUCUAAGGAUAAACUUACAAGUAAACUGCUUAACUUUAAGAACCUUACUGAGCCAAUUAAUUCAUCAUUUAUUCCACCUUUAGAAGUAUUAAAGAUUUGUGACUCUUCUACACUCGAUUUUUCAAUUUCUGAUGAAUGUAAUUACGAUAUUUCAU